GACAAAUGUGGCAUAGAUAUUAUUUUAUAAAAAAAAAAAAAGAUUUGACUUAGAUGGAGCUCUCUAUAUAAUGUAAAUGGUUCCCAAAAGGAAGAGAAAGAGAAGCAGAGUUUCGAGGAGAGAGAUUUUCAUUCUCAGGUUCCGAUUCGCGACAAUCGAAUUUAAAGUAGCUAUUGUUUUAAUAUAAUCUCUUCCUUUGGUUGCGACCGUUUGUAUAAUGGGCUGUGUGCGUUCGCGGCACAUCAAACACCCACCGGGAUACGAAGAUCCUGUUAUCCUUGCUGCUGAAACUUCCUUUACAGUGAGCGAUGUAGAAGCGCUGUAUGAAUUGUUCAAAAAGUUGAGCUGUUCGAUAAUAAAAGAUGGGCUUAUUCACAAGGAAGAGUUUCAGCUCGCACUUUUUAGAAACAGCAACAAAGAAAAUCUCUUUGCGGACAGGAUAUUCGACUUAUUUGACCUGAAACGCAAUGGGGUCAUUGAAUUUGGAGAAUUUGUCCGAUCGCUUAGCAUCUUCCACCCAAAUACGCCAGAAGCAGAAAAAAUUGCAUUUGCAUUUAGGUUGUAUGAUUUGAGGCACACGGGCUUCAUCGAAAGAGAAGAGUUGAAGGAGAUGGUGCUGGCUCUUUUAAACGAAUCAGAUUUGUACCUCUCAGAUGAUGUAGUUGAAACAAUUGUCGAUAAGACGUUCAGUCAAGCAGAUACGAAAGGCGACGGAAAGAUAGACCCAGAAGAGUGGGCGGAAUUUGUGAAACGAAAUCCAUCUUUAUUGAGAAACAUGACUCUUCCAUACUUAAAGGACAUUACAAUGGGGUUCCCUAGCUUCGUGAUGAAUUCCGAAGUCAACGAUGCGGAGUACAUGUCGAUCUGAUAUAUAAAAAUGUAAAUUAAUUGCUGUCACAUAUGUCCACUUUGAGAAUUUCUGCAAGUUUUCUCCGAUCUCCAUAAUAUAAAAAGCAAUGCAGUACAGAUGGGAAAGCUAGUUUCUGGCAAACGAGCGAUCGCAGAUAUCCUGAUCAAACUAUGUGGCGGUGGAAUGAUUCGAUCUUUCAGGAGAAAAAGAUAUACCAGGAGGCGCAAGCAAAUUCAAACAUCCAAGUUUGCUUCGUCUUUUUCUUUGCUCUUUCUCAGAAUUUCAAGUCAAGUACAGUAGCAUGCGCGGUGCUUGUAAGUUUGAGAUAUAAGUUGUGACUCUUUGUACAUUCUAGCUUGAAGAUAAUGGCUUUUGAUCAUGUAUAAUGAGCUUAACCAUAUCAUAAUGUUUGAAGCGUAUUGAAUGACUAGAAAGAUAGAUGGGACAUUCGGUGCAGAAAUAUUUGCUAUUAUUGAAACUUUUAAGGAA